AUGUCAUUAACAUUAGGUGAUUUGAUCAACUAGUCAUUAGAAAAAAUUAAAAAGGCAAUUACAAAAAAAUAAUAUCAAUUAAAAUAACUCAUAGAUGAAACCCUAUGUAAUUAAAUUUAAUAAAUAAAGAGGUUAAGGAAUAUAAUAAUGCAAAUCACUUAAUGAAGGUGUAUUAAUAGUGUAUUGAAUCAAAAUAGGUAAAAUUGAUUGAAUUAGCUUUAUUUGACAUAAAAGUAAUUCUUUUAAUUAUUUUAGAAUAUAGUAGAGUAGGGUUUUUUGGAUGGAGAGCAAAUCAUAGGAGAAAAAAGAGUAAUAGAAAUAACUUUAGACUUUGUAAUGUAAACUUAAUUGGAGAAGGAAGAAAUAGUUUAAAUAAAUAUGAUUCAAGCAAUAUAAGCUAUUAUGACAAAUAGAAAGCAUCCUAUUUUUGGGGAAGCUGUGACAAGAGUAUUUUCACUAUUAAUAAAUCUUCAUUCAGGUAUAAAUAUCCUUAAAUUUAAUAAGUUUCUAAGGUUGUUGCAAUUAUAACUGCUAGCAAAGAAGCAUGUUAAAAGAUUGUUAAUACAUAUUUUGCAAGACUUGAAGAUUUUGGUAUACUUGCAGAAGAUGAAUACUAACAAGCCAUUUAAUAAUAGUGUAAUUAAAAAUUAUUAGUUUUUGGAAAAUGCAAGGCCUAGAUUAAUGCUGAAUAAUACAUGAAAUCUUUAAUGUUAAGUUUAGUUGAUGAAGUUUAAAUUUAUAGUGAAAGAAAAUCAAUUUAUGAGAAAUAAUUAGAUGACUUAAAUAAAAUGAAGGUUAUUGAUUUGAAUUUACAUGAACCUAAUCUAAGAAAUGUAACCAAUGAUAAAAAUUAAAUUUAAAUUAAUUUAGUUAAUGAAUUAGGUAUAAAAAAUGGAAAGUUUGGUUGGUGUGUCGUUUGCAGAAAACAAUCCUCUUAAUAUUGUAAAGAAACAAAAGUACCAAUCUGUAGUAAAAAAUGCAAAUUUAUGCAUUUACACUAAAUGCAUAAUUUUUCUUAAUCGUAUUAACAUUCUAUUCAUAGUGAAUAAUAUGUUAACGAUGCUUAUGAAAUUUUAGAAAUGCUUAGUUAAUUGAGUUAAAGAGAUCCUUAAAACCCAUAAUUAGCUCAAAUGAUUAUUAAAUGUAAAAUCUUUUCUUUAGAGUUAAUAUAUGAAGCUUUGGCACAAAGUGACAUAAUAUUUUAAAAUAAGCCUAAAUUAAUAUUAAUAUUGAAAGAAUAGCUAUUAGAAUCAUUGCUUAAGAAUUCUCUUUCAACUGAAAAAUAACUAUUGAUAAUAACCUUAAACAUUUUUAUUUAAUUAAUCUGGAAAGUAAGAAGUCAUAUGAAAAAAGAAUUAGAAGCUUUGAUAGAAAAUGUUUAUUUCAAAUUUUUGGAGAGUAGUAAUAGUUCUUUUGAUCAUAAAUAGUACACUUUGAAAGUAUUCAAUAAAAUUCUUACUCGUCCUAAAGUAGUGAUAGAAAUAUUUGUCAAUUAUGAUUGUUCAGUAGGACAAAAUAAUUUACUUUAAAAAAUUUUAGAUAUGCAAUGUCGUAUUAUUUAAGGUAGAUUUAGUAAACUAGAAUUUUAAGCUUCGAUAUCUAUCAAUCAAGAAUUAUAUCUUAAAUCUUUAUGCUUAGAUAAUUUUUGUGGAUAUGUUUAAAGUUUAAAGGAAUACUGUGAAUAAUAUGAAGAUUCACAAAACGUGAUUUAAAUACAAUCAUUUGAUGAACAAGAGGAGGCUAUCAUCUAAUAGUAAUCAUUAUCAUAGGAUCCUCUUGAGAAAUAGAAAUAGAUGAAAUUAGAAAUGAAUAAAGCCGUUUAAAAAUUUAAUUUUAAAGUUGAACAUUGCAUAGUACAUUUAAUUGCUUGUUAAUAUAUGGAAAACAGAGACCCUAAAUUGUUUGCUUAAUUUCUUUGGGAAAACAGGGAUAUAAAUAAAGAUAAAUUGGGAGAAUUAUUUGGCGGUUCAAAUGAAUUUGAUCAGAAAGUCUUUUAGUUAUAUAUAGAUUUCAUGAACUUUAAAGAAUUACAAGUAGAUGAAGGUUUAAGAUACAUGUUAGAAUUCUUUACUUUACCGGGUGAAUCAUAAUAAAUAGACAGAAUAAUGGAAAAAUUUGCUUCAAAAUAUUGUGAAGACAAUCCUGGAAUUUUCUAAUCAGCAUAAGCUACAUAUACACUUUCAUAUUUACUUAUGAUGUUGUAGACUGAUCUACAUAAUGAAAAAAACUUAGAUAAAAUGACAUAAGCAUAAUUCAUCAAUUUAGCUAAAGGGAUAAAUGAUGGUGAAAAUUUACCUUAAGAAAUGUUGCAAGGGUUUUAUACAAGAAUUCAAAAAACACCUUUGGCUUUGCAUGCAAAAGAAUAGGCAAAGAGAGCCUUAGAAUAAGCAAAUUAAGUAGAUUAAAGAAAGAAACAUGCUGUGCUGGCUAGAGAAGCAGAAGAUUCUUUAAAAAAAUGGUUUAAGGAGCAUCCCAAUUAAGAUGCAUUUUAUUAUGUUAAUUCAAUUGAACAUAUGAAGUCUUAGUUGUAAUAAACAUGGAGUGUGAUAUUUGCAUCUAUAAGUGUAUUCUUAGAAUAAAGUGAUGAUUAAAAAUAGAUAUAAUUAUGCUUUGAAACAAUUUAAGCAUUUAUUUAAUUGAUUGGUAGAUUCGAUUUAGAUGAGGAAAAAGAUACAUUUAUAAUUUUUUUAUAUCGCUAUUGUACAAAUAUCCCAAGCACUUAUAAAUAAAUAUUGGGAGUAUAAACUUUGAUAAAAGUUAGUCUAUAAUCUGGGUAAUAUCUACGUAAAAGUUGGAAAAUAGUAUUAUAAUUAAUAUCAAGAUUAGAAUAAUUACAUUAGGUUGUUAAGAAAAUAAAAGUAGAUAGUCCUUAUAAAGAAAGUUAUAAUUAAGAAGAUAUAAUUAAUAUUGAGAGACUAUUUUAGCAAAUAUAAUAUGAAUAGAUUGAUAAAAUAUUUAAUAGUUCAAUACAUUUGGAUUCAAAUUCUAUUUUAGAAUUUAUUAGUGCUUUAUGCGAACUUUCAAAAGAGGAAAUUAAAUACAAUAGAAUAUUCUUGUUGAGUAGAAUAUUAGAAGUUGCAGAUUUUAAUAUGAAUAGAAUUAAAAUCAUAUGGUCUAGAAUGUGGGAAAUUAUGAGAGAACAUUUUCUUGAAGUUGGAUGCUUAAAAAAUGUAGAUAUUGCAAUAUAUGCGAUUGAUUAAUUAAAGCAAUUGAGUUGCAAAUUUUUGGAGUAACCAGAAUUAACAAACUAUCAUUUCCAAAAGGAAUUUCUUUUACCGUUUGAAUAAAUAUUUAGCCAUACUUAAGCUUAACAAUAACAAAAGGUCUAAUUGAGAGAGUAUAUAUUAUCCUGUAUGUGUAUGAUUACAAAUAUUUGUUUUAAUUCCAUCAAGAGUGGUUGGAAAAUUAUUAUGAAUAUAGUCAAUUAAGCACUUUAGGAUGAUUAAUAAUAAUUAGCUAGAUUUUGUGUAUAGAUUACUGAUAAAAUUAUGUAAGAUGUUAACAAUUAAAAAGUUUAUUCGGAGAUAUAUUUAGAGUUGAUUUAAGCAUUGAUUAAAUAAACCAAGAACAAAGAAAUAAACAUAGUAUUGAAUUCAAUCAAUUAAUUGAAAAUUUUAGUUGAUAAAAUAGUAUUGAUUAAAAGAAACGAUAAUAAAUAUCUAGAUUAAUUAUGGAUUCCUGUUUUGUCAACCCUCUCAGUUUUAUAUAGUGAUGAAAGCCUAGAAGUUUAAUAAUAAAGUGUCAAUACUUUAUUUGAAUUACUUAGAAUACAUGGAGUAUAACAAUCUAAUGAGUUUUGGAAAAUGAUUUUAAGAGGUGUGAUACGGCCUUUAUUUGAUGAAAUUUAAUUUUCCAGAUUACAAUUUACUAAACAAUCCUAAACAAAAUAAUAGGUAAUUAAAAGUUGUUAAUCAACUUUUAAUUUAUUCACAGAAUUAGUCAUUUUAUAUUUCUAAUAAAUGUAGUCUUGUUUAAAUGAUUUAAUUGAUAUAUAUAUUUAGCUCGUGUUGUAAACCUAAGAUGUAAUAAUUAUUUAUUUAGUUUAAGUUUCUUUCAACUUUAUGUCUUGACUCCUUUAAAACCAUAGUUUAAUAAAGUGGGUUAUUCUUUACAGAAGAAAAUUGGACUAUUAUGAUUGAAUAAAUACAGUAUUUAUUGUAGAAGUGUUCUCCAAAUGAACUGUUUGAGGCUUAUAAUUUAGAUGAAGAUUUUUAAAAACCUCUUGAGGAACUCUUAAAAGAAGACAUAAGACCAAAAAAAUUUAGCUUUAAAAUUAAUGCUCAUGAAUGCUCAUCAAAAAUGUCUAUUCAAUAAAAAUGUUUAGAAAUUCUUGAAGUUUAUGCUAUUAAAUUUAAUAAUUCAAUAUCUUAAUAAAAUAAAGCAUAAAUUUUAACAAUAUUUAGCGAAUAAUAUUAAAAAUGCAAAAAAUUUAACACUCAUUUAUAUAUGAGAUAUUUUUUGGAAUCAUGGGGUAUGGAAUAUAAUAAAGGAUAGAAUGAAACAGAGGAGUUUGAUAAUUAAUAGGAUUAUUAAACUAAAAAUAAUUAAUUAAGUUUUAUUAAUUAAGAAUUUAUUUCAGCAAAAUUAAUUAUUUUUUUAACUUCUGAGCCCUUAGAAUUUGUUGAAUAAUUGAUUGAAAGAUUAAGUGAUGCAUAUUAUUAACUUUCAUAACCAGUGCACAACCUAAAAAAUGUGAAUGGUAGUUUAGAAUAACUAAGAUAUUCUGAAUCAAAAGCGAUAAUAAAUUAUUCUUAAAUUUUAUUCAUGGAUAAUGUAUUUCCAAUUUUGAAGAUUAAUUUACAAUAGAAAAUUGUGAGUAAAUGGUUGAUUAAAUUAUUAAAAUUGGGAAUAAAUAAUUAAAAUAUAGAAAAUAAAGAAUAUAACAAAGUUUUAGUAAAUUUAUUAGAAGAUAUUAUAAAUUAUGAGAAUAAUUUAUAUUGA